AUGUUUCUGAGUGUUCAGAAAAUUAGCAGAGUCGUUGAACGAGAAUACAAUGGAACAUCAUUAACCAUAUCUAUGCAGGCAGGUCUCCUUUUUUUCAGUGUUUCUUCUAGUUUAGCUUCACCACCAGAAAAGGCAUUAGCUAACAUAAGGCAUUUAAAUAGGAUGGUCUGGACGCUGGUCCCGCAUUGUCAUGUGCAUGUAAUUCCGCGCAAAGUUGGUGAUUACACGAACAAUGACGACAUUUAUAAAGAUAUUGAUAAAUCAACAAGGGUAGAUAAUGAAGAGAGACAGCCACGAAGUUUAGAUGAAAUGGCAAAAGAGGCCUCAUUUCUGAGACAAUUCUUCGAA